ACCUCCUGCUGGCCAAUGUGGACGAUUCGCAUAAUCAUUCCUCCGCCAGCCUGGUCCGGCAUCUCCCCAACUCUUCCCCUCUUGCUGCUCCAAAAAAUUCAGGCCGGGCAGCCUCCUCUGUCUCCUCAGCCCUCCUGGUGGUCGUCUCCCUCGGCCCGCUGCCGUUGGCAACAGCGGUGGCGCCUGGUGCCUUGUCGCCCGGACUUGCGGCUUGAGCAACGAUGCCACCUUCUACAGUGCCCUCCGGCGACCACGCCGGGAGCGACGCAGCAACCGCAGGUCUCCGGCGGCGUGCAGAACCCAGUAGCGAGCUCGCAAACUGCUGAAACAAACGGCUACUACGCAGGUCCCCCCAUCGAGGAGAAGCAGCUGCUGCCGCCGGCGCCGGCGCCGCGGCCGCCUAGAAAGCAAGGAUCAAGCUUCCUGUCAAAAUGGGCCUCUUGCCUCUUCGGUGGUGGAGCUUCGGCAGAUCAGUAAUACCAAGAGCAUAGUUCAAGGGUGAGAGCAGAGAAGGUUCGAGUAAUUUGGAUUGAGGAGCUUCAAUCCAGUGGGCGAAUCUAGAAUGUAAAUCUAGGGGGCUUAUUUUCCUAGUAUUCUUCCUCCCAUCUAUCUUCUUCCUCUUUUUCUUCUUCCUCUUCUUCACCCAUGGUUGAAAAUUAACCACCGGCCCCCCCCCCCUCCCGGACCACACCCAAGUGGCGGAUGGCUGUGGAGGCCAAACUGGGCCAUGGCCCCCCUUGGCCCAGGAAAAACAAUGAAGCUGUCAUACUCCAAGAUGCUGCUGCAACGGCGGACAUGAUCUCGUUGGGCCGGCCGGCAUGAUCGAGAUCGACCGACGUGUGAAUAAUUCGAUUACGUACUGAGGGGUAGGGUCACCUGUAGUGGAGCUGCCAGCCUGCCACCAGUGGAGGGGAGCUUCUGGCGCGCGUCCCUCGGCAGCUCGCCUUUCUUCUUCUUCCUCGAGAGCUCCUUCCAGAGGCUGCUCAGGUAGCCGCUGUACUUGUUCAGGAGACGGUUCUUCAGCUCCUUAUCUCCCGUGCUCGGCACUGUAGCACUGGCCCCCCUUGGACUCAAUGCUAGCUCCGCCACUGCCCCAAGAAUACAACACUGUAGCAUUGGCCCCCCCUUGGACUCAAUACUAGCUCCGCCACUGCCCCCCCCCCCCAAGAAUCCAAGAUCCCCUGCUACUUCAAUCUGCAUCUGAAUUGUUGCCACCAAUAUGUCCUCUGAAGAAAGCUGCUCCUUUUUCUUCUACUUCUACACUUGAUAAUUGAUGGUCCUUUGUUGCUCGUUCCAGCAAAUGCAGAUGCAAUGAAACUGCCAAUUUCAAUAAGCCGGUACCCAUUUUUCGGAA